GAACAUGGUGAUGCUGAAAGACUACAAUCGUGCAAUAAUAUUUUCAAACGUAAUGUACAGCUGAAUAGUCAAAAGUAUUUUUAUAAUCGUUCAAUAAUAUUUUCAAACGUAACGUACAUAUAAAUCUGAUAAAAAUAUUUCCUGUUUGUAUCAUACACUGGAUUAUAACAAAUAAUUAAGAUUAAGAUUACAUGUAGUUGUCUGCAUCCUGUUCGGGACCCCUUUACCUUCAUUGACUGUUUAUUUAAUAACGAUUUAACAAGACACAUCCUUCUAUAAUCGUCAUUACGCGUAUGCAAAGGUCCUGUUUGUGACUUUCUGGUCUCAUUGAUAGGAGAUCACUUUCAUAAUUUUUUCAUAAGAAUAAAGAAAGGUCUGGUAAUAGCCUGUCAAAAGAAAAUUACAGAAAUGGGCAGGAUGAAAGCAAACGAAAAUGGAGUAAAAAUCAUUCUUUGGGUAGUGGCGAUGUUUAUGCUGCUACAGUUUCUAGAUUAUGACUGGAAUAUACUUAAUUUUCACUUGUUUGGUGGAUCACGACCGAGCAACGACAUACAUAAAAAUAUUCCAUAUGACUCGAAAGAAUUCAGGGCACGAAAAACUGAGGCACCCCUGAACUACGAACCGAAUGCACAUAUAGCAAUAAUCCCAUUCGGAACUCCUCCUCCUGUACAUAUCCCAGAUGUGGACGCUCGGAUAAUUGUUAUUACAUUCAACAGAUCACACUCUUUACGCAGACUAUUAGAAUCUCUAAACAAAGUGGAUUAUUUAGACGACAAAGUAGUGAUAGAAAUAUGGAUUGAUAGGAAUAAAGAUAAUGAAUUUGAUGAACAGUCUUAUGUCACGGCUAAAAACUUUAAUUUUGAUAAAGGACUAAAAACCAUAAAUAUUCAGAAAAAGCAUGCCGGGAUAUAUGGUCAGUGGAUAUGGACAUGGCGACCAACAUCAGACACUAAAGAAAUCUGUGUUAUCUUAGAGGACGAUUUGUCUGUUUCAACAUUUUUCUAUCGGUAUUUGAAAAAGGUGCAUGCGCAAUAUGAUCAUAGACCGGAAGUCAAUGGCUAUGCUUUACAAGCAGCAAGUCUAAAACACGGAGGUGGAAAAGGGCCUCUUCAGGCACCAGACGAAAAUAUUGUCUUUCUUUAUCCUGUUUUAGGUUCAUGGGGGUUUUCACCAAGUAGGGAUAACUGGAUAGGAUUUCAAAAUUGGUUCAGGGAAGCUCAUAAAAAUAAAACAUUUCUGCCGCUAGUUCCCGGCAUUUUACCAACUCUGUGGUAUAAAAAAGAGUUCAAGGCAGGAACGCAUGAAAAUAUUUGGACUAUGUGGCAAAUUUAUUACGCAUACAGUAAAAACGAGAGAACUCUUUAUCCAAAUUUUCCUAAUAAAACGGGAAUGACUAUCAACUGGAGAGAAAAUGGACUACAUUUUAGCAAGGCAGUGGAAGUCGCAGGUCCUUUGGUAGAGAACUGGGAUGAAAGGAUAGAAAACUUACCAGACGAACCAGUUCAUCUAGAUGUGAAUGGAACUGUUGUUAAAUAUUAAAAUAAAUUAAGUCUAAGUUCAAAUAUUAUUAUGCAAUAGGUUGAACAUUUUGUAUGUCAGACCAUUGUGAAGUCAUGAUUAAGUAUAGGCUUUUCAAAAAGCUGGCAUGACCUUAAAGUUUGCUCUCCGAGAACUUGAUAAUGUGAAAACAAAUACUUUGUUGUCACGUGACUGUUUUCAGUCAUACAAUAUAGAAUGUCAUAAUUUGAUAGAUUAUUAUAAAAGUCAACAAAAGUACUGUGUGAAUUUAUUUCAGACUUACAUAGAUUGUUGGGUGAAAUAAUUUAAAAGAAACACAAUUAGAAUACUGAUAUUUAAUAAACAAGUAUGUAAUUA